UAAUAUAAAUUAGUUUGUAGAUCAAAAACUACUGAAAAAAUAUAUAUUUACAUUACUUUGCUUAGGACUUUGCUUAGGACUUUGCUUACAACUUUUUAACAAAUGAGUUUUGCAUUAGCGUUCCAAAAGUAUGUCAAUCACCCAGAGAAGCAUGUGGAUAUUAUUCAAUACUACGAUAAGAAUGUCGUUAUAAUUCGUGACGCGUACCCGAAAUCUGUUUGUCAUUAUUUAGUUAUACCAAGAUUUUCAGAAGUAACUUAUGUUAACCCAUUAGACGCAUUUAAUCGUGACUAUCGAGAAAUUAAUGGUCAAGAAUUAUUUGAUAUUAUGGAAAAAUAUGUAGAAAAGGCCAAAGAUUUAAUCAUAGCAGAUUUACAAGGAGCCUUUGGUCAUAAACCCGAAAAUGACUUAAAACUACUGGCUUUUAAGAACACAUUUAUCAAGGCGGGUAUACACUCUAUACCAUCGCUUAAAAAUUUACACAUUCAUGUAAUUACGAGGGAUUUUCAAUCCAAUUGUUUAAAAAAUAAGAAACAUUACAAUUCAUUCAAUACCCAAUUUUUUGUUGAGUUUGAGAAGUUAAAUCCAACGUAUAAUAAGAAUUAUCAACUCAAUCAUAUAAUAAAUAAAACAAGUGGGGAAGAUUAUGCAUCUGACUCAUAUGACUCAGACGAUGAGCAACUCCUGGACGAGGAAAUAGCAUUUAAAUAUAUUACACAUAUCAGAAAUGAAAAUAUUCUUAAGGAUAUAGUAAAAUCUGAACCCUUAAAGUGUUCAGUUUGUAACAAAGAUUUUAACAACAAGUUUCAAGAUCUCAAAAAACAUUUGAAUACUGAAUAUCUCAAAAAAUAUAAUGAAUUUGAAGGAUUCUAUGAUGACAAAUUCAUUAACUAUUUUCUGGCUCUUCCUCGAUGAAUUGCUUAUUUAUUGAUAUUCGAAAGCAAUUACCUUAAAAUUACAGUUAAGGUACAA